AUGGAUUCACGAUCUGAUCAUAGAAUACUUGAUGAAAGCGAUAAUAAAACUUCUGAUAUAUCGUCAUCAGCCUCGCCCAGCGGAAAACGGUCCUGGUGGAAAAGAUAUCGAUGGCAUAUGAGAGAUUAUUUCUAUAUUCAUAUAUUUAUUUUCAUUUUCAAUGGCUUACUAGGUGGAUUGGUCGUUGUCAUUAUAGAAAAUUAUAUCAAACCAAAUCGAUUAAUGCGCGUUCGAUAUAUCGAUGCCUGGUUUAUAGCUUCAUCUUGCGUUUAUAAUUGUGGUUUAUCAACACUAGAUUUCGCUCGUCUAUCCACUUAUUCUCAAGUUGCUUUGAUGCUUUUCACCUUAGCCAGCGGUAUAACUGUUAGUACUCUGCCAGCGCUAAUUAUCAAAGCACGAACACACAAACGCGAACAGGGCAUUAUGGUUGACAAUGAUCAUUUAGCCUACCGUAUUCUAUCGGAAUCAGCACGCAAAUGUGAAUACUCAUUCGAAGCUGAGGAGAAAAUAUCUCGAUUGCCUACUGCGGAAGAACUUCGCUAUCGAGCGUAUUUGUCAUGCUUAGCACUGAUUCCUUUGACCUGUAUAACAAUUUAUCUUGGUGCUUACUUUUGCAUUGGUGGUUGGAUUCAAUCCCACUAUGAACCGUACCAUUUGAAACAAGAUGGUCGACCCGUCAAUCCUUGGUAUGCAGCAUUCAUCAUCACAGUGACUGGUUUUAAUCAGAAUGGAUUAACACCAUGGUCAGAUAAUCUAAUACGAUUUGUCGAUGAUACAGUACUUUGUAUAUUUGUCAUGCUAUUAGUCAUGAGUGGAAAUACAUUUUUUCCAUUUAUAUUUCGCAAUGUCAUCAUGUUUAUUCGUUGGAUUGUUCCAUGGCAUCGGAAGAUUAUAUUCGAUUAUAUUCUUUUAAACAAUCAUCGUUUGUCUACGGUUCUGUUUCCUACUAUACAAACACGAAUGUAUCUAACUGUGACAUUCGGUCUCUACGCACUUAGCAUCAUUGUUUCACUUAUUCUUGAUUUUAAUUCUCAAAGUUUUGCAAGUUACUCAGCUGGUAAACGUCUAUUGAUAUUUGCAUUUCAUACUGUUCAGGCGCGAUUUGCUGGCUUUCAGACAAUUGAUAUAACUCUACUUGCUCAAGGCACACUUGUGGUUUAUGUUCUACUUAUGGCUGUUAAACCUCAAAUGCUCUGCGCAUUAGACAAAGCUCCAUUUGAAUUAGAAUGGCAAACAAUUCAAGACAAAGAAACGGUUUUCAUCGAAGCAGAACGUCGACAGUCAUCACUUGAUUCUAUGGAUGAUUUAUCAAUAAAUUCCAAUGUUUUACCCAUUCGCCAUUUACAUCGGUAUCUACGAAAUCAUAGUUUAGAUGCUCGACAACGCGCUGAACGAUACUUCGCCCCCAACAAUGCCCGUCUAAAUCGUAGUCCAAGUCGUACGCGAAAGACCAUUCAAAUUAAACUUCGACUCUUUAUUUUUCUUAUGGCGCGUCGAAUGUUAUCGCAUUCAUUUACAUUAUUAACUCGGACGCGCACAUGGUUAUUCAUAUUUAUAUUCGCCAUCUGUGCGUUCGAAUCGUACCAUAUAACACCUAUUGACGAAAACGUCACGUUUUUUCGGAUUGUUUUCGAAGUUGUAUCUGCGUUUGGCGCGGUGGGAUUAACAACAGGUUAUCCAAAUUUAAAAUCGUCAUUUGCAACAGUAUUGUCUGUACCAUCGAAAAUUGUACUUAUAUCAACGAUGCUAAUGGGUCGACACCGUGGUCUACUAGACUCGAUGAAAGAUCAAGAGAAAAUUGAAUACAGUGCUUAUACAUUAUUAGAACGGUGGCGGCGAAUGGCUCGAGAUCAACAUCCGAAUCCAAAUUACGUCCCUGAAUCCGAACCAGCACCGCCUGAAAUAAAACCAAGAACUUUUGCAAAUAAUCGACCAAGUCGAACGAGAUAUAUCAUCGAACGGCCACGAACAAGUGCGCCGCCGAGACAUCAACGACCUGUGUAUUAA